UUGACGUCCCUCCCGCGGCUCAGUCACGCUGGGAUGGAAAUUAGUGGGAAUUAGUGCCGUGAGACCUUGAUUUCGUGUGUCUGGGCUGGAAUACGGGUGUAGGAGGAAGUACAUUGGGACAGAUUGCUUUUGUCGUUGAGAUUAGGCUGAGAUUAGGUACAUUCGUGGAUUCAUUACCCGGGUAAAGUUGACUGGAGUGAAGUGUGGCGAUAAAAUUCGGUACGUUGAAAAGUAAAGGAAUUAAAACUGAUGGUGUGUUGAAGAUAAAAUAAAAAACAGCAACCACGGAAAGUGUGUAGAAAUGAAAGUGUUGUGGAGAGAUUAUAAUGUUAAUGAAGACUAAAAGUAAGAAAACAUUAAUUUUCUGCGUUUGUACAGAAGGAAAUGUCACCAAGAUCAAGAGGUUAAAGAUAGGGUAAUGUGAAGGAAAGGGAAGACAGUACAUUUAAUUAUUUGCUUACUUUUGAUAUUUGUAAUACCAGCACUUUAUGAGUGUGUGCCUCCAUCUUGAUAGAUAGCAAGUGUAAGUGUAAGCCUGUGUACUUACAUUGAAAUUGAUACUUCAGUUUAAAAAAUCUACACGUUUAACCCCAUCGACUUCUAAAAGAAGUGAGGUUAUAGCGACUGCAAGGAUAUCGGGAUUUCGAGAAGGGACGGCGUCAAGAUUGUGAAAGUCGUCGCUUUUCUCCCGUUUUCGUCACGUCAACUGCACGGUGAGCGAGUGUUUUCCGGAGCCGAGGCCUGACGUAGCGAGGACGACGACGAAUACGAAGAAGAAGAAGAGAAGGAGGAGGAGGAGAGCGGAGGCUACGGCUACGCAGGCCUCGAAGGGCGCGAGGACUGGCCGGGCGUGAGCGACGCCCUCGUCUCCUACACCGCCGCCGCCGCCGCCUCGCCCAUUCCCGCGCCGCAGCACUUCUACACACAGAACGAUGGCGUGAUGACGGAGCUGGGCGGUGUGAAUGGUCAUGCUGGCACGCCCGUGGGCGGCUACCCUCCGUCCUCCGUACCUCAGAGCACGCCCACAGCCUCCUUGCCGCCCACGCCACACCACCCGGGCCCACACGCCGCCCACCGCCCCGUGGACCUGUCGCAGGCACAGCGAGAGGCGCAACCUCCGCCCACGCCCACCAUUCCCUACCCACUGCACGACCCGCACACCCACCGCCCCACACUGCUCGACACAGCGUGGCCCUCAGCAGAUGUCAAGACUUACGGAUUUCACAGAUAUCCCGGGAGCGCGAUGCUGGCAGGCUCCUUGACUCCCCCAGACAAGGUCAACGGGGAAGCGCACCACCAUCCCGCCCACCACCACCACCCGCACCACGCCCUCAUGCCCGUCAUGCCCACCCUCCACACGCCGCCCUCGCCCCUGCCCACGCCCUCGCCGCCCGUCUACGAUAGGUUCGCGCCGAAGGAGCAGCGCCUUACGCGGGAGGCGAUGCAGCGGUACCUGCGCGAGCGCGGCGACCAGACGGUGGUGAUCCUGCACGCCAAGGUGGCCCAGAAGUCGUACGGCAACGAGAAGCGCUUCUUCUGCCCGCCGCCGUGCAUCUACCUGUACGGCGACGGGUGGCAGCGCAAGCGGCACGAGCUGCAGCGGGCCGGCGCCUCCGAGCACGACUCCCAGCUGUGCGCCUUCAUCGGGAUCGGCAACUCGGACCAGGACAUGCAGCAGCUCGACCUCAACGGGAAGCACUACUGCGCCGCCAAAACCCUGUACAUCAGCGACUCCGACAAGCGAAAACACUUCAUGCUGACCGUGAAGAAGUUCUGGGGCAACGGCGCGGACAUCGGCGUCUUCCACUCGCGCAGGAUCAAGGUCAUCUCCAAACCGUCCAAGAAGAAGCAGAGUCUCAAGAACGCCGAUUUGUGUAUCGCGUCGGGCACAAAGGUGGCACUGUUCAACCGCCUGCGCUCCCAGACGGUGUCCACGCGGUACCUGCACGUCGAGAACGGCAACUUCCACGCCUCGUCGACGCAGUGGGGCGCCUUCACGAUACACUUGCUGGACGACAACGAGAGCGAGAGCGAGGAGUUCAGCGUGCGCGACGGGUACAUCCACUACGGGUCAACGGUGAAGCUGGUGUGCGCCGCGACGGGCAUGGCGCUGCCCAGACUCAUCAUCCGGAAGGUGGACAAGCAGACGGCCCUCAUGGAUGCCGACGACCCAGUCUCGCAGCUGCACAAGUGCGCCUUCUACAUGAAGGACACCGAGCGCAUGUACCUGUGCCUCAGUCAGGAGCGCAUCAUUCAGUUCCAGGCCACCCCCUGUCCCAGAGAACCCAACAAGGAGAUGAUCAAUGACGGGGCCUCCUGGACCAUCAUCAGCACAGACAAGGCCGAAUACCAGUUCUAUGAGGGCAUGGGUCCUGUCCGUGCACCUGUCACACCUGUACCUAUUGUCAAUUCUCUGCACCUAAACGGAGGUGGUGACGUCGCCAUGUUGGAACUCACUGGCGAGAGCUUCAGCCCCAAUCUGCGCGUGUGGUUUGGCGACGUCGAAGCAGAGACGAUGUACCGCUGUCAAGAGUCUAUGCUCUGCGUUGUGCCCGACAUCUCUGCUUUCCGAAGGGGGUGGCAGUGGGUCCGUCAGCCUACGCAGGUGCCUGUGUCUUUAGUCCGUAACGACGGCAUAAUCUACGCCACCAACCUCACCUUCACAUACACACCCGAGCCCGGCCCGAGGCAGCACUGUCCCCAGGCGGACGACAUCAUGAGACCUCCCCAGCAUCGCCUGCCACCCGCCUCCCUGCACGACACGCCCACCUCCGCCCACGCGCACCAUCAUGCCUCGCCACCAGCCAACCCUCUUGUACCUCUACAGUUCGAACCUUCACAACCACUUCAUACAUCCACUCAACAACAGCAUCAGCAACAGCAGCAACAGCAACAGCAGCAGCAACAACAACAGCAACAGCAGCAGCAGCAGCAACAGCAACAACAGCAGCAGCAACAGCAACAGCAGCAUCUUUAAAGGCCUUGACUCUGUCUUCCCUAAGCUUACAAAGGAAAGCCCAUGAAACAGGCAUACUGCGAUAAAGAACUACAGGAGCAGCACGUAUGUCAUGGGUGAUUUUGAAAUUCAGUAAAAUAUAAAAAAAAAAAAGAAAGAAAUACGGUGUUGUGUUGUUUGUUGUGUUGGGCUGUGAAAUGCUCCCGAAACACAUGCUUGUGCCCAGUGAAAGUGAAGUGAAAUAAUGUUAAUGAUGAAACCCAUUGUGCCGUGCUUGCUGACAGAGACAGUUUUAACACAGUGCACGGUCGGACACUUGAGGGUUAACUCGAUUCCUUACUCUUUACUUGGGCGGACGCUGUAACAAGUGCUGUCAUGAGCAUAUUGGAAAAAUAAAGUUUACUCAUCGUGAUGUGUGUACAACAUAGUUUUGGAUUUGCGAAGUUUUGUAUAAUCACGUCUGUACAUGACAUUCCAUUUUUAAAAAAUGACCACACUCAAUGUACAAAGUUAAUUAGUGACUAGUGUAGGAAAUUUGCAAAGAAUAUUUGUUUACUGAAUGGGAAAUGUAACUCCAUGAAAACUCAAAUUCAAAGGUUUUGGCUGCAACUGAUACUUCUCUAGAGGUUCCUUCUACUGUUUGUGAUAUUUUUGUACUCGUAUGAUUGAAAGUAUUUUUAGAUCUCAACUUUAGGUAUUUGAUCUAUUUCUUGAGUGAAUUUUUGUAUUGUUUUAUUUUUGUAAAUAUCGGAUUAGAUUGUAUUAAUCUUUUUUUUUUCUUUUUUUUUAAUUCUAUAUAUUAAUUUUAAUAGCCACAAAACUCGUAGGGCUAAUCGAAAGCUACACUUAAAAAGUUCAGCAGUGUACUGUUAGGUUAGUGUGGCUGUGUCUGGUCCACCUCUUCGUUAUAACAUACACAGUAACUCUAUUAUCAGACCUAUUGUGAAAUAUGCAUCACAUGGUAUAACUACUGUUAAAUAGGACAGUUUUUUAUGUAUCGAAGACUAUACCUAUGUUAGAAUUGGUAUAGUGCAUAAAGUAUAUGACGAGAGACCAUGCUUUGUACAUUUGUAAACAUCAGGUUUUGUAUUUGGGUAUGUAACUACUAUGUAAAUAAUUGCCGACAGUGUCAAAAGAAGAUUUUUUUCAAAUCCUAAAUUCGGGAGAGGGAAAACCAUUUCACAGUCAUAUAAACAAGGGUCACAGGUUCCGCGAGGUCACAGUUCACGUUAGAAAAUGAGUGUAAUUUUUGGUCACAAGGAGCGGGGAGUGCCACAGGUACUCUGCCCAGAUGUAGCACACAUUAAAGUUUGUGAUAAGUGUACAGCAGUCUCUUUAUGUACAGUAUUUAAUAUUCAUUCAUGCAAUAAAGUUCAGUUUGUAAGAA